ACAGCCAUACAUAAAGACAGGCGCUAUAUAGCGCUUAUGUGAACAGACUGCCUUAAAAUCGACCCGCUACCAGGGGCGCAGGAUUUCCAGCAGGGUUCCAGUACUGCGCUUGUAUAGCCGCAGCCCCGCCGGACACCGGACCGUGUUGACAGUUUGGUAGCGAUCACUGUGCGGCCAGCUGUUGUUUUUUGGCGGCAAGCUGAUCUUUGUUUACGUUUUGCUCGGUGUGGUGUCGUGGUAAAAAAGAUUGUUCCAAAUUGGGAUUUACAACGAAAUUGACUUAACCUAAGAAAAAGAAAGGGAAGACGAUACACGAAGACGGGAAAUUGGGAUGCUGAAGUACUGAAAUCCAACAGGUGAUUUGAAUCGUUAAAGGCUGAACGAGCUCUUACAAAAGGGUGGUUCUGGCCAUGGCUGGAAUGGGAAUGAGGAGUUGAUGAGAAAAGGAGACAAGCGAUAAAAUAGGAUUGGAAGUGAGAAAUUCGCAAGCUUUAAUGGCUCCAGGCUUAGACAGCUGACAGCUCCAAAGUUCUAUUGUUCUCUCGUCCCCGGCUCCCACGUAUCCCACGUGGGUUACCAGCCGCCGACGAGAGGACAGAAAGAGCUUUCAACUACACGCAACAGAAACGUAAACAAAACAAUCCACGGAACGUCAAACAAACCCGGUUUUUGGCUGAGCUGUCAAAUAGCAAAACGUUUUCGCUUCGUACGCAAACGGAUGAUCAAAGUACACCUUCAUUGUAGGUUUGUGUAAAAGCAUGUACUGUGCAUUGCGAAAGCCUGCCAUCUUCCGGCAUCGUUUGCUGGCGCUCGUUCAACUACCUGCCCCGAAUUCGUCACGACCGAUAAAAACAACCGAACAGUAUGAACAUAGCGAAAAUGGUAAACAGAACGGGUGGAAUUUACACCGAAAGGUUGGAAUAACGAUGGCGCUGACUGGUGUAUUGGGUUUGCUUAUGUAUAAACAGUCGCCAACGAACGACAGUAAACGUGUUACCGGCUUAGGUUGGUUAAUGCCGGCAGUCGGUGCCAAAACGGAUCCCACCCCAAAACGUAGCCAACGGAAGGAUUUCAACUUCAUCGCGGAUGCUGUAGAACUGUCCGCGCCGGCUGUGGUGUACCUGGAAAUACGCGACCGACAGCAUGUGGAUUUUUUCACCCGCGAACCAAUGACAGUAUCGAAUGGUUCCGGUUUUAUCGUCGAACCGGACGGGUUGAUACUAACAAACGCACACGUUGUAGUGAGCAAACCGCACACGAUGGUUACGGUGAAGCUAACGGACGGCCGGAUCUUUCCCGGUUACGUGGAGCACGUUGAUCCGGCCUCGGAUCUGGCUACGGUACGGGUACGGUGUGACAAUUUACCCACGCUCAAACUCGGUCAUUCGGCGGACCUGCGAACGGGUGAGUGGGUGAUAGCGCUUGGGAGUCCGCUCGCCCUUAACAACACGGUAACGGCCGGUGUCGUUAGCACGACGCAACGACCAUCGCAAGAGCUCGGAUUGCGAGGGAAAGAUAUCAACUACAUCCAAACGGAUGCUGCCAUUACGUUUGGUAAUUCUGGUGGACCGUUGGUAAACCUCGAUGGUGAGGCAAUCGGUAUCAACAGCAUGAAGGUAACGUCGGGAAUUAGCUUCGCCAUACCGAUCGAUCACGCGAAGGAGUUUUUGCGCAAAAUUAACGAAUCGCCGACCGGAUCGGAACGGCGUGCGGGUAGUAAUGUGCCUGCCUACCGACGAUAUAUCGGCAUCACGAUGCUUACACUGACGCCGGAAAUUUUAGGCGAGCUGCAGCAACGCAACCACAAAUUUCCUCCCAUCGUACGCGGGGGUGUAUUGGUGUGGAAAGUAAUCCAAGGAUCGCCGGCGUACAGUGGAGGACUACAACCGGGUGAUAUCAUAACGCACAUUAAUGGGAAGGAGAUUAAAAAUUCCAGCGAUGUGUACGAACUACUGCUGGAACAGGACAAAAAGCUUUCAAUCUCCAUCUACCGUGGCCAGCAGCUUACGACGGUACACGUCUUCCCGGAGGACACGACGGCUUAGACCGCGCCGUUGCGCCGUUCAAUUAUUUAUUUUAAUGCUUUUCGAAACCAAGACUUCCUUUAGUUUAAUUAAUUCGUUAAACAAUGGGUAUGCUGAAAAGAAAAAUAUAAAAACAAAAUCAUAAAAAAACAAA